AUGAGUUCGCCCGAAGAGCAGCCCCUUUUAGCCCCAUCCACAGGCAACAACAUUGUUAACCCUGAGUCAGUGAAUCAACAACAACAAGAAGAGGAGGAGGGAGAGGAUGCAGAGAUGAAGUCUCUCAUGGAGGACUUGAAGAAUAUGAGUACUGAGGGGAUCCAGCAGAGGGCCCGGCUUAUCCAGAAUGACAUACGAGUUUACAAGUCAGAGGUUCAACGUUUGACGCAUGAACUCAACUCUAUUAAAGAGAAGAUGAAGGAUAAUCAGGAGAAAAUAAACCUCAAUCGGCAAUUACCCCAUUUGGUUGGUAGUGUUGCAGAGAUCCUGCCUGCAGAUGAGGAUGAGGCCGAUCUUCCCGAAGCAGGAUCUGCAAUAAGCACACUACAACGAAAAGAUAAGAAGGAGAAGAAGUCUAUGGUAGUUAAGACGACCACUCGUCAAACUAUCUACCUACCCAUCAUUGGCCUUGUCCCUGUGGAUGAGUUAAAGCCUAAUGACCUAGUCGGCCUCAAUAAAGACUCUUAUCUCGUCCUCGAUAAGUUGCCUCAAGACUUUGAUUCGAGAGUUAAAGCAAUGGAGGUUGACGAGAGGCCCACUGAUCAGUACUCUGAUAUCGGAGGGUGUGAUAAGCAAAUCCAAGAGAUGAUAGAGGCUAUUGUGCUACCAAUGACCCAUAAGGAGAGGUUCGAUAAGAUUGGCAUCUCCCCACCUAAAGGGUUAUUACUUUAUGGCCCUCCUGGAACUGGCAAAACCAUGAUGGCCCGAUCAUGUGCUGCUGCGACUAAUGCUACCUUUCUUAAGCUCGCUGGACCACAAUUGGUUCAAAUGUUCAUUGGUGAUGGCUCCAAGAUGGUCCGUGAUGCAUUCAAUCUUGCUAAGGAAAAGGCUCCUGCUAUCAUAUUUAUCGAUGAGUUGGAUGCUAUCGGAAUGAAACGAUCGGCUGGUGGUGAGCUGUCUGGGGUGAGGGAGGUCCAGAGGACUAUGUUGGAGUUGCUGAACCAAUUGGAUGGAUUCAGUAGUGAUGAUCGUGUUAAGGUCAUCGCCGCAACCAACAGAGCUGACAUGCUUGACCCUGCUCUAUUGAGAAGUGGUAGAUUGGAUAGGAAAGUUGAACUGCCUCUACCUAACGAGGAUGCUAGAAAACGAAUCCUUCAAAUACACUCGCGUAAAAUGAAUGUGAACAAGGAUGAUGUAAACUUCGAUGAGUUGGCCCGGUCUACAGAUGAUUUCAAUGGCGCUCAGCUCAAGGCGGUUUGUGUCGAGGCUGGUAUGGAGGCUCUCAGACGUGGCGCUACCGAGCUGCAGCAUGAGGACUUUAUGCAAGGUAUAGCAGCAGUACAGGCUAAGAAGAAGACUAGUCUCAACUAUUAUGCUUGAGUAAUCAUACUGUAUCGUUGU